UCGAGUAAGUGAGAGAGCGAAUGGGACUAUACCACCUGCCAUCUUGAGGGGGUGUGCGUGGAAAGCGGGGCUCCCUGAUCCUCAGCGCCACGGAUGCUGUGGGGAGACCCCCACCUAAUCCCUGGGGCAAACGGCGACGGCCGGUCAGGUGUUGGGUAAACAGCCCCCGCGUGCCUGGAGAGGGAGUCCGGGCCGGGGAGAAGCCCCUCCUCCCACGCGCACACACGCGCCGCUCGGUGUCUAUUGUGAAGCCUUUGGGGAGCUCUGCGCCGCCGCCCCCAGCUCGCGCCGGGUCCGGGUCCUCCCCCUCCACAACGAUUCUCUCCAGCGGGGAGAGGCGGCUGGAAGGAGCCGUUUGAACCUCGUAUAUUGGCACAGAGCAGGAGGCAGCGCGAGCCUCUGGGGCGCUGAGAGGGCGGGGCUGGUCGGCGGCAUGAAGGUGUGAGCGGAGCAGCGCGCGGAGCGGCGAGAGUGUCCACCUCAAAUAGGACUGCGGGAACGGUUUGGUUAGAACUCUGACUUCCCAUGAAGCCAGUGUUGCUCCUACUGGAGAUGUAGUGCAUGUACAGGGCAGAAGUGCCACAGGCAGGUUCCUCUACAGCUGCCAGAGGCAUUUGGAAAAAGGUGUGCUAGCCCUCUGAUAUCUCAAAAUGCCAUUAGUGAAAAGAAACAUAGACCCCAGGCACCUGUGUCACACAGCACUGCCCAGAGGCAUCAAGAAUGAACUGGAAUGUGUCACCAAUAUUUCCUUGGCAAAUAUAAUUAGACAACUGAGUAGUCUAAGUAAAUAUGCUGAAGAUAUAUUUGGUGAGCUAUUCAAUGAAGCACACAGUUUCUCCUUCAGGGUUAACUCCUUACAAGAACGUGUGGACCGUUUAUCUGUCAGUGUUACACAACUUGACCCAAAGGAAGAAGAAUUGUCAUUGCAGGAUAUUACAAUGAGAAAAGCUUUCCGGAGUUCCACAAUUCAAGAUCAGCAGCUGUUUGACCGCAAGACUUUGCCUAUUCCUUUGCAGGAGACUUAUGACACUUGUGAACAACCUCCCCCACUCAACAUACUCACCCCUUAUAGAGAUGACGGAAAAGAAGGUUUGAAGUUUUACACCAAUCCUUCAUAUUUCUUUGAUCUAUGGAAAGAAAAGAUGUUGCAGGACACCGAGGACAAGAGAAAGGAAAAGAGAAAGCAGAAGCAGAAGAAUCUAGAUCGCCCUCAUGAACCGGAAAAAGUGCCCAGGGCGCCUCAUGACAGACGGCGAGAGUGGCAGAAGUUAGCUCAAGGUCCAGAGCUUGCUGAGGAUGAUGCUAAUCUCUUACAUAAGCACAUUGAAGUUGCUAAUGGCCCAGCCUCACAUUUUGACUCAAGACCUCAGCCAUAUGUGGAUCAUAUGGAUGGAUCCUACUCCCUUUCUGCAUUACCCUAUAGUCAGAUGACUGAACUUCUGAGCAGAGCUGAGGAGCGAGUGUUGGUCAGACCACAUGAGCCACCACCCCCUCCACCAAUGCAUGGAGCAGGAGAUGUGAAACCCAUACCUCCUUGUAUUAGCUCUACCACAGGUUUGAUAGAAAAUCGUCCUCAGUCACCAGCAACAGGCAGGACACCAGUGUUUGUGAGCCCCACACCUCCCCCUCCUCCUCCUCCUCCUCUUCCAUCUGCUUUGUCAACUUCUUCAUUGAGAGCUGCAAUGACUUCCACUCCUCCCCCACCCAUGCCUCCACCACCACCACCUCCAGCAGCUGUUUUGCAAGCGCCAGCAGUGCCACCUCCACCAGCUCCUCUCCAGAUUGCUCCUGGAGUUCUUCAUCCAGCUCCUCCUCCAAUUGCACCACCUCUAGCACAGCCCUCUCCUCCAGUCACUAGAGCUGCCCAAGUAUGUGAAAAUGUACCAGUUCAGCCAGUUCCACAAGCUGAAGUGCAAGGACUUCCUCCACCCCCACCACCUCCUCCAUUGCCUCCCCCUGGCAUUCGACCCUCAUCUCCUGUCUCAGUUGCCACCCUCUCUCACCCUCCCACAACCAUUGUUCCUGGCCCUCAUGCUCCAGUAAUGCCUCCAUCUCCACCAUCCCAAGUGAUUCCUGCUCCUGAACCCAAACGCCAUCCAUCAACUCUACCUGUAAUCAGCGAUGCCAGAAGCGUUCUACUGGAAGCAAUACGAAAAGGUAUUCAGCUACGCAAAGUCGAAGAGCAGCGUGAACAAGAAGCUAAACAUGAGCGCAUUGAGAAUGAUGUUGCCACUAUAUUGUCUCGCCGCAUUGCUGUGGAAUACAGUGAUUCAGAAGAUGAUUCAGAGUUUGAUGAAGUGGAUUGGUUGGAGUAAAAUAGAUACAUUGAUAUACACUGAAUGCUAAUGUCCAUUGUGGUGAUUGUUCUUUGAAAACAUUUGAUGGUCAUUUCUAGUGUUUUUUGUAUUUUUUUUCUUUACACUACACAUCAUUAAUCCAUGUUUUUCUACUUUUCAGUUUACAAGAAAACUACUAGCACAUGUUUGAAACUAAAUGUUUUACAGUGGCUUUUCUUUUUUUGAAAGAACAUAUUUUGUUCCAAUAGACCACUAAGUAUUGAGCAUGGGCAGCUGUUGGUAGAGUAGCAGUUUCAAUUUUUUGGCAUAUCUUAACUGUGCACUUUGUGAAUUUUAUGUUAAUGAAGGUACUGAUUGAAAUUCCGAGGGCAGCUGUAUGUACUAAUGAGCCUUAUUCCAUUUUUGAUAAAUGUUUUUAAAAACCUAGCUAUCAAGAUAUACAUCUGUACACUAAGAAGGUACAUAAAGUUAGCAGCACUGAACACAAUGAAAGGAAAAAAGGAUCUUUGGGGGCUUUUAUUGUUUUAUUGUUGUUUUUUAAAUAAUUAUGGCCUUAUUUGAAUGUUUAGAGGUUUCCCCCUCCCUCCCAGGUACAUAUCGUGUGGUACUAUUUUGCCUGCAUACAAAAGUUUAAAUUUUUUCUGUGUGAAAUCUUCUGACUUAAACAUGCUGUGUAACUUAUGUAACUGUUAAAAAUAACAGUUUGGUUUAAUAAAUGGUAAAUGUUCUUA